UAUAUUAGUUUUAAAGGUUUAAGAGAUGAAGAGUACUUGGCAAACACACAAAACAGAAUGACUUUAUUUUCAGACUCUCAUUUGCAACCUACGCCAGCGAUCAAGAAGAGAUGCUUCAAAUUGCGAAAAAGGCCCAAGUCAUCAAUUUCAAAUAUUGUUUCUCGUCGACAUAGAAUGAAAUUACAUUUUCAAGAAAAGAUCAGAAGGAAAGAGAUGAUCACGAGACUUAUGGAAUUAAAAGUGAAGAUGAAAGAGACAAGUGAAGAGCAAAAAUUCAUAAAAGAAGGACAAAGAAAAGUUCGAGAGAAAUUCGAAGCCAUUGAAAACGAAUGCGAGCAACUUAGGAAGGAAACUAAUCUCCUAAUUCAGCAAAGCACACACACUCAACUUCGUCUUGUCCUGAUGUUUAAAAUUCUCAAGGCAAGAGAGGAAAGCGAUUUUACUAAGUCUGCUCAGCUCACUCAAUUGCUUCGUGUGAUAAUAGCAAGGACAACAUCAAGUAUUAAGUAAUAAAGUUCUUUGUUGAGUAAUAAAGGAUUGAGUGUGGGAUACCUUCUAGCCUCCAGUUUGUUUGUUCUAGUACUCAAACUAUUUUCUUCCUUUAAGGCAUUGUAUUUCAAUUUCGUGUGGUAAAAUUAAUUCAUGGCAAGAAUAAUGCAAGAUUUUAUGUGAUAAACUAUUGUGUUGUAUUUCAUGAUUUCUGUGUGAUAAACUAUUUUCUUCAAAAUCUUCUUCUUUCCGCAAUUGUGUUGUUGUUUUCUUUUUUUUUUUUGUGGGAUUGAGCUAGGGAGACUUUGUUCUUCAAACUGUUCUUCUUUUACAAUUAUGUAAAAUGAUUUAAAGGAGCAUUUUAU